AUGUCUGCGUACGAGGAGAACUUGGAAAGGCGUCGGGAGAAGCUGCGCGAUCUCGUGUGGAGCGAGGAGACGCGUUAUUCGAAGGAACUCGCGGAAGAGACGAGAAAGGCCGAGGACUCGCGGCUCGAAGGGAUGCGCGCGAGAACGCAGGAGCUGUGGAAACAGCGGGAGGAGGCUCGCGAGGCGACGGUUGCCGCCAAACGGAUGCAGCAGUACCUGGCCACGUGUCCGGACGUCAAGCUCGAACUGUCAAGGAGACGCGCGAUCGAUGCGAAGCGGUGCAACGUGACGCAAAUAGCGGACAACGAGGCGAAGAGGUCAGCCGAGAGGGACCUGGACCAGUUGUGGCAUCAGCUGAUGCUGAGGGAGCUCGAGGCGAAGAAGCGCGAGGAGACGAAGGAGUCCGAGAGACGAGCCUUGGCCAAGCGGGAAACGUCGCUAGCUCUCAGUAGGCAACUGGAGGACCGAUUAGUCCUGGUGGAAGAGGAAAAGAAGCGGGUCCUGCAGGAUGAACGGGAGCAACUGGAGCGAUUAUGGGACGAGGUGCGUCAGGCGGAACUGCGGAACCUCGAAGCGGAGAGACAGAAGCGGGAGAUACUGAAGAGGGACCUGGAGGAGCAGAUCCUGACGGCGAAGAGGUUGCUCGUCGAGCGCGCCCGCGAGGAAGCCGCGGUGGACCGCGGCUUCAGGAGACUAGUGGAGGAGGACCUGGCCAGGGAGAAGGCGGAGACGAAGCGAAACACGGCGGCCCUUCGGGCGGAACUGCUGGCUUAUCUGGGGUACCUGGAGGACCUGCGGCAAGAAGAAGCGAGACGGAACCUAGAGGUUGAGGUCAUCAUCGAGCAAUCGCACGAGGACAUCCAGGCACGACGCGAGCUUGCGAUGAAGAGAUUCAAGGAAGCUCGUCAGCGAGUCGCCCAAGAGGUUCUUCGGGGUCGAGAGGAGCAGCUGAGGGUGAAACGGGAGGCGGAGGAAGAAGACCGGCGAUUAAAAGUGGAGGAAAGAGAAGCCGUGAAAAAGCGGGUCCAGAUGGACGCCAACUUGAUGGCGACGGAGAAGGAGGAAAAUCGACAAAGGGCGCUUUGUUACGGAUUGGAGCUCCAGGAGCAGCACAGGUCUGUCCAGGAGACGAAACUCCGCGAGUCCGAAGAGGACCGGAGAUACCAUCGGGAGGAGGCUACGAGACGGGCUGAUGAGUAUCAACGGCUCACGGAGGAGUUACUCAAGGCUUCCGAAAACAUCACGCCGCACCCGUUUAAGGUUCUUCUGAAGGAGUGCGCCGAACGUCGCGCGGCGGAGAGGGAAAGGCAUCAUUACUGUCCUCCGGUUUUGACUUCCGCGUAACUGGGGCGGAGGAUCAGCUGGGUAGAUCAGUGAGUACAUUAUCGGUGUUGCUGAAUUUAAUUUAUAACCGUAAGGAUGUGAGGUAAGGUUGUAGAAUUUUUGAGAUAUUAAUGACA